GGAGAUUCUGACAACUCAGGGAAGAAUUCCCAGGGGAAUCAGUGGUGCCAGUGCCCGAGAGAUGCUGUUUUGGCAUAACCAACCAGAGCACCUUUGGGCCAGUCCUGCAGAACUGUGCCCCGGGCCUCCAAGCAGUCUGCUCAGGGAGUCUCUGCCCUUGCCCUACCUGAAGCAGGAAGAGCUGCCCACUGUCCCCAGCACGGAGCCACCCUACCCCUCCUUCCAGUAUGUGCUCUGUGCAGCCACCUCCCCGGCAGUGAGGCAGCAGGAGGAAAGCCUCACCUACCUGAACCAGGGCCAGUCCUAUGAGGUUCGGAUGCUCUGCAACCUCAAGCUGGGCAAUGCUACCCAGUGCCCCCAACUGCUGAAGAGCGUGGCACGGGUGGUCUUCCAUGACCGGCGCCUCCAGUGCAUGGAGCAGCUGCAGCUGGAUGGGUGGAGGUGGAACCGGCCUGGGGACCGCAUUCUGGACAUCGAUGUGCCGCUGUCCAUAGGGGUGCUCAACCCCCAAGUGCUGCCGUCACAGCUAAACACGGUGGAGUUUCACUGGGACCCAACCAAGAGGACCUCCCUCUUCCUGCAGGUUCACUGCAUCAGCACUGAGUUCACUCCUCGGAAAAAAGGUGGCGAGAAAGGUGUCCCCUUCCGCCUUCAGAUUGACACGUUCAAGCCCAGUGACAAGGAGCCUCCUGCUGAGCGCCUGCACUCGGCUGGCUGCCUCAUCAAGGUGUUCAAGCCCAAAGGAGCUGACCGGAAACUGAAAACAGACCGGGAGAGGAUUGAGAAACAGCCCCAGCAUGAGAGAGACAAGUAUCAGAUGGCCUGUGAGAGCACGGUCUUCGUGGAGGUGUGUGUGCCGGGACAGUGGGGCAGGAGGGAGGGCAGAGAAAAGAUGCUCAUUGUACAGAUGGGGAAACUGAGGCCUCAGGGCUGCGAUACUCCAGAACAUCAUCACAGUCCUCAGUUCCCCGCGGGGACAAACGGCACAGACUUCCGGGACCUGAGCCUUCCAGGGCCUCUCCCGAGACCUGCCAGUGCUGCCGCCACCUCAUUUCUGCCCUCUGCCCGGAGCACCCCCUUCCUGCUGCUGCUUUACACACCUGCCAGCUCGUUUACUCUCCUCCUUUGUCUCUGUGACUUGGUCUACUCGUCACCAGGUCUGGUCCAAGAUGGCAGAUGGAGGUGGCCACCCCUGCCCUCCAAGUCCCGGCUGACCCGCUGGCCCUGUCAUGUGUUCCCACAGUGCUCUCCAUGGCCAGAGCCCAGUGCGGGCUCCCAGCCCUCUCUCAGCCCCGGAGCUCUGACCCUCCCGUUUUCCUGUAAGCUCCAGUCUCCAGAGAGGGCCGGCCUGAUUGGGGUGACCCUAACUCUUCCCAACCCCAGGCUUUGCUCCUCACCCCCAUUCACUUUGGACACAUUGGGAGGCAGUGCAGCUGAGGAUUUGAACCCUGGAGCCUCCAUCUUAGAGACCCAGCAGUGGUUGUACCGGCACCGGUUCUCCAGCUACUGCCGGAUUCUGGCCAACUUUGCGGGCACGGAUCUGCUGAAGCUCACCCGGCAGGACCUCAUCCAGAUCUGCGGGGCUGCCGACGGGAUACGCCUUUUCAAUACUCUUAGAGUCAGACCCAUCCAGCACCGGCUGACUUUAUACGUGGCUCAGGAGGUCUCCGGGCAAGCAAAAUCUGACUCAGGCUUUUAUCAGGAAAUCUCUCUGGAUGAACUCAGUGCUGGGGAGCUGAUGGGGAAACUGGCAGAGCUCCUGGCCCUCCCAGCCAAUCAGAUUCACCGCCUCUUUCACCAGGGCCCUGGGGGCAUUCUCAUUCUCCUCACUGACCAGGUGGUACACAAUCUUAAGGAUGAGUCAUACUUCGUGGUUGUGGUAAAAAAAGGUAGGGGCUUCAGAAGGGGUCUGGCAAGCCCUCAUAAGGACAGGAGGAUGCUUAUAUUGUCUCCUAAAGGGGAUCAAAAGGUCCCUUGAAGGGGUGUCUAUUGGAGGUGGGGGCUGUGUCCAAUCAACUGGUAAACAUCUGCAGAAUGCCAGCUUCGUGUCAAAGGGAAGAUUCAUAAAGCCGAGACAGCUAUUUCUUGCUCAUGAAGGUGACUAAGCGUAUUCUUAUGUGGGAAAGUGUCCCAGUUUCUAUGUAAGGGAGUUUUUUUUGGGGAAGGUAAGAUGGUUCUGGUUAUUCAGAUGCGUGUCCCCUAGCACCCAUCUCUCCUGCCAUGCUAGUGAUCUACCUAAAGAGGUGGAUUUGAAGUGUGGUUGGAAGCACACUCGGUGUAAUGGGUGCAUCACAGGCUGUGUAGGCCUGGAGCCACAGAGCAGUGAUAGUUAUGGUUGGGGGCCUGCCUCAUGCCAGUGGUGCCUUUCUGCCCACCCCUUUACCCCCAACUUUUACUGCUUUCAGUGCAGAAUCCAGAUGGGUACUACCUGGUUCUGACCUAGGCCCU